AGCAGGAAGUAGAGAGAAUCAGAACUUCAUUACUGGGAGGAGCUUGUACCUCUUACCCUGGGGGGGGGCUAGUAUGAUUACACUCAAUGUUAGAUGCACUGACCCUCUUGCCCCAGUAAUGCCCCGCUAGCAGUAAGUACCCCGGCUGUGCCACGUGGGCACACAGAGGGCGGGGCUAGAGCUCGAGUCUCUGCUAUUUCAUUUAUAUCCAUUUGCUGUAAUUAACCCUUAAUUGCCAUUCCGUGCAUGAUGACUUCUUGUUUUCUCUUUUUUUUUUGUUUUUUUGUUUCCCCCUCCCCCUCAUGACUCCUCCCACUCUGUUUGCUGUGCGCGUGUCUCCGCCUCCAUUCCUGGAUCCUUCCUGUGUCUGUUAAUGAUACCGUGUUACACGGGGCCCCCCUGGGACUCAAUCUCAUUGGCUGGGGCCCUUUCUGGUUUCUCUGUCACUUCGUAAACCCACCUAUACCCCCCCACUCCAACUGCCCCCCACUUUCCUACCCUACUCUUCCUGCCCCCCACUUCCCCUGACCCAUUGCCUGCCUUACUCUUCCUGCCCCCCCAACUGUCUGUCUGUACAUUAUCUACCCCCCCAUGACCCUCCUGCCCCCCCCCCGCUCUCUCCUGCUUCAGUCAUUGCUGGUGCCAGGGAAGCCUGCGAAUAGGCACGGACGCCGCGGCAGUGCCAUAGGCAUAGGAACCAUAGAAGAGUCGCUGAUUGUUCCGGGAAAGAGUCCGACGAGGAAGAAGUCCGGUCCGUUCAGCUCCCGGAGAAGCAGCGCCAUCGGCAUAGAGAAUAUCCAGGAAGUACAGGAAAAGAGGGAAAGUCCCACCGGCCCCCAGAAGACCCCAGACAGUGGCAAUGUCUCCCAGGAACCCAAGUCUGAGAAUUCGUCCAAUCACAGCUCUCCGGAGAUGCCCACUACAAAAAACAGGAUAGAGUCGGGGCCCAAACCCGACACCAACAGGGAUUUCUCUCGUUCCUCAUCGAGUGCCAGUAGUUUCGCCAGCGUGGUGGAGGAGAGUGAGAUGCUGGAUGAAGAGGACAUGGGAAUGGUAAUCUGAUCAUUAGGAUCUCCUUGCGUCUGAUAGGCGGGGGCCGACUGGUCACUUAGACCUUAUCUUUACCUUAAAGUUAUACCGACAUGGGCUGGAGGUGGCCUACAAGGGCAGGAGGUGGCCUAUAAGGGCUGGAGGUGGCCUACAAGGGCUGGAGGUGACCUUCAUGGGUUGGAGGUGGCCUACAAGGGCAGGUGGUGGCCUACAAGGGCUGGAGGUGGCCUACAAGGGCUGGAGG